UUUCUACUUUCAUCACGGCAAAGGUCUGAGGUCAACAUGAGUUACCAAGUCAGACACUCGCCCAGCAGAUCUCUCAUCGGAGAGUAUUAUUUUAAUGGUUAUUAUACUAAAAGUUACUGUCCUCCAUUUCAUCAUCUUAACUCUGAGAAAGUCCUCCAUAUGAAAUCCAGCAUGUCACAUCAAGGGGGUCAAAACAAAGGUGGCAUUGAUCAUGGACGAAGUAAAAAAGUAUCCUUUGCUUAUCCUUCUUCUGUUCAUGGUGCAAAUGGAGCUGAAAGUGUAUAUGAUGAUCAUUGGUAUCAACACACAUACUAUGGAGUUCGCACUGACAGAAAAAACAAUAGCUUGAAUGGGAUCAAUGCAAAGAACACCAUGCAAGAUUUGAACAAUCGUCUUCAGGCAUACAUGGAGAAGGUCCAUUCCUUAGAGCAAGAAAAUGAAGAGCUAGAGACAAAGAUUGCGGAGUGGCAUGUGAACAACCCUCCCAGAUCACCCCCUGAUAUGAGGCACUUCUUGCAAACCAUUAGAGAGCUUCAGAAUCAGGUAAAAUAAAAAUCAAGGCAAUUCUGCUUUUCAACUCUGUUUCAGUAAUUCCAAACACUCGCUUCACCUUUACAUUCCACCUUAUAAUAAAUAAGCCACAAGUCAGGCCCACUAUAUGAAAGCUAAGAUCAAAACACAAAAGGUAAUAUUGCUACCUUCUCUAUAUAUUAAAGCUUUACAAAGCUGUUUCUGUCCAGUCAUAGACGAUUAAGUCUUCCUUCCUCUUCUUCUCAUCUCUUCUUUAAAUGAAGUCUGUGUUCUUUCCUCAUCUUCACUUAGCUUACAACAUUUCCAUGCUAGCACAACUUUCAAAUGAUCCCUGGACAAUUAACUUCAUUCUACAAACAUACAGAAUGAAGGGAAUGUGAGAAGGCAAGUGACAACAGAUGCAAAAACACAUAUUCUAAAGAAACCUUCUCUUGACUCUACUUUCCCAGUUCUCUACCAAGUAAUCUUUUGUUUUCCACACCAUACAUGCUUCUUUAAAGACUAGAAUUGUCCAUCCAACUUUCUCCUAAAUAAAGGGAUACUGUAGCAUCCUAUGCAUUAUAUAUAUUGAUUAUUGAGCCACCCGCAAGGGUUAAAAAAAGCUUUUUAGUUACUUUAUAUCUGAAAAGGCAGUGUUUAUGUUGCUGAGCUGGCAGGGACAUGAUAUAGACACCAGAACAACUACCUUAAGCUGUAGUGGCUCUGGCGACCAUAGUUCUUCUUCGAUAUGCUACAUGGCUUUUGCAACCAACAACUUAUUACAUUAGCAUUUACUAAAGUAAAGCUCAAAUUAAAGGCUAUUUAAUGUUUCUCAUGCUGAUGUUUUGUUUUUUAUCAAAACCUAAUUCUUCUGCAAAAUCUUAUAUCCUCUGGUAUUUAUUAUAUUGCUCUUUCAUGGGGUUAAAUCAUAUCUCUCAGAAUAUUUUUUUAGUUUCUUUUAAAUAGUACUUGUUUACUAUUUGAAAUGUCUUCUUAACUAGAACAUCUUUAUUAUCUCUGUUGAGCAUAUGUUGGGGCACUUCUCUGUUGGGGCAAAGCUUUAUUCUAUACCAGGAGUCCUCAAACUCUGGCCCCCCAGAUGUUGCUGAACUACAACUCCCAUGAUUGUUUGAAUUACAUAUAUAGCCAGAGAAUCAUGGGAGUUGUAGUUCAGCAACAUCUGGGGGGCCGGAGUUUGAGGACCCCUGUUCUAUACCUUCCUCUUCUCCAUCUACACAUCCUUUCCUAAUAGAUUCUCGUUGUUUUUAGCAUCAUCUGUAAAAUGAUGGCACAGUAAUUUAAAGGGAAAUUGCCACUUCCCAGGAUUAUGUUUAUUGAUCCUUAUAUUUAAAAAACAUGUGGAUUUGUGAAGUGUGAAAAAGAUAAUCAAAUGUAGAAAUCCAAGUGUCUUUAACCUGCAACUGUUCUCCUCCAUCCUAGCUCCCUCUCAAUCAUUGUUAUUAGCUGUGUUUUUUGUACCUCAUUUGCAAUGUGUGUCCUGACUUUUAUGUUGUUAGAACUGGAGAUUAUGAUGUAAUUUGCCAAAUAUUUAAUACAAAUGGAAAAGAAAAUGGAGAAAAAUGUUAACAUGAGCUAUAAGUAAUUUCCAAUGUUCCCCUUUUUUCAGAAUCUUUUUUCUUCUUGUAUCUGAAACCUCUCUCACAGUCAAUACCAUAGCAAAAUCUCUCCAUAAAUGCAAGCAUCUACCUUUUACCCUAUACAUAGUAUUUUGAUCAUCUUAAGAAUCAGUCUGUUUUUUGAACUUGUACAACCAUGCAACAAUGCAUCCAUCGGUAAUGUACAACCUGGGCUACUGAAACUUUAUCGCAAGAUGUCUAACGGUUUACACUAAUACGCUCUCCAAACCAUAUUGAAAACCUUAGCUAGACUAAUUUUCCCAGCCUACCAAUCAUUACCCAUGUACCCACUUUACAAUACCCUCAAAUUGCAAAUUACCAGUUCAAAAACAAAAUACAAACUUCUAACCAUAACCUACAAAGCCCCUACUAAGUAAACAUCUUCAUAUUUUUCUUCAAGUGGACCUUCCUUGGACACCUUUUCAUCCAUCAUCACAUCCACUCACUCCUUCUUUUAAAUUAACGUUGUUUAAAUAUAGAAAUUUUUGUGUGUAUUUUAAAGGUCUCCUUAGCCACUAUGGAAAAUGCAAGAAUUGUGCUAAAGGCAGGAAAUGCUCAACUUACUGCAGAUGACUUAAAAAGCAAGUAAGUAUUUUUACUUUAUAUAUGUGAAAGAAAAAAAACAUGUUACAUAUACAAUAAAACUGUUUGAGUACAAUCACUAAGGCAGGAAAUAACAGCUAAUUCCUAGUACAAAAUCAGUCUAAGCUAAACCUAUAACAAUUGUUUGUGCAUCUUAAGUUUGAUCACAUGUUAAAACAAACUCAUCAGGAAUAACAUUAUUUAUUAAUUUGCUAUUUCAAUAUUUAACUGUUUGUUAUAUUAUCCAGUCAAUAGCAUGCUACUUCCAUUUCCUGUACAUGUCAUAUCUGUCACCCCAGGAUUGAGAUGGAGCUAAAGUUAACGAGUGAUGCUGAAAAAGAUGUUGGUGUCCUUCAACGUGUUUUGGAACAGAUCAACCAAGAGAGGCAAGAUUUAGAGAAACAACUACAAUGUCUCAAUGGAGAACUUACCAACCUGAAGAACACUCACGAGCAGGUAAUGUAACAUUAUAAGAAAAUAUCUGACUACAUGUAUUACAAGUGGCUUUUUACAUUGACUUGUACCAGACCGCUGAAACCAAGCUUGCCUGGAUGACUUAAGUCAGAUUAUCCUGCUUUCAUGUAAGGAAAAAAAUACUGGCAGCUGCCUUCUAUCCCACAUGGAGAGGUUGGAAAAGAAAGAUGCAUGUGGGGGUUCUCCUGACCAACUACUAACCAGGGAAGAUCUAAUAAAUGGUUUCUCUCAUUUCAUAAAGGCGGCAUGAUGACUAAUAUUCAUCACAGGGUACACAGAUUUCUCAUGCUCCAUUCCAGUGAGUUAAUAAAUUCCAGGAGUGAGCUUCAGCCCCUUCUUAGCCUAUCAACCUAUUAUCAUUGGGGUGUGAGCACUGGUUUAUGGAGCAGAAGACGGCCAGUUCUCACUACUUCUUAAUAAGGUGGGCCAUUCUGUGGAGUGAUAGGAUAACUUGAAAAGCAAGUAAGUGAACAUUUAUAGGGCAGGAGUCUGUUGACUCCUUGCUCAUACUCUCUGAUCUGAUAAAGAUCAUAUGACUUGAACAGCAAAAAUCUGUACGUGUACUUUCACAAUAGAUGUCAAUGUAGGGCAUUCAUAACAUAAUUAAUGUGAGAUCUCCCAGUAUGAACACAACAAACAUGACAUCAAAUGACUUCUUUCAACUACAAAAUUGAUCAACGCUGCUCCAUAGGGAUUUAUAUCCACCAGGCCAGUGUCUAAACCCUAUGGUACUCUAUAUUCAAACGUCAUUAGAAACGCCAGAGUUUAGUGUAAAUAACCCAUGUUAAGAUCACGAUUCCCUAAGUCCUUCCUUACUUGAAUAACAAGAAAAAAAAGUGUUAGAAACACAAAGUGAAAAGAUAUCCCAAUAUUCUGCAUGUAGAACAACACUUAGUAAGUUCCUUAUUUAGGUCUUCAAAAAAAUGCCUGCUAAAAUUGUAUGAAGAGCUGGAAACAGGAAUGGUGGAUAAUUUGUAUGACACACAUAUGAGAAUUCACUUAUGUAUUUUAUCAUUUUGCCUGCUUUUUGAAAAUUUUAAGGAAUUGAAAGAAAUACGUGCUCAGCUUGGGACAAGAGUCAAUGUAGAUGUGAAUGCUGUUCCAUCCAUCGAUCUCAACAGGGCUUUAACUGAGCUCAGAGAGGAAUAUGAAAACCUGAUGGAGAAGAACAUUAAGGAGACGGAGGACUUGUUCCUGCAAAUGGUAAUAACAUUUUAUAUUUUUUUGAUCAUGUUUGCAUGUUAAAAAAGAGACUAUACACUCACAAUGAAGGAAUAACUAAAAUAUAAAUGAUAGUGGAAUAUCUUGUGGUGUAUGAGAACACAAAAAAAAUCUAAGAGACAAUGCAAUUAAGAUAGAUACCCAAACAAAUAAACAGACAGGCAUACAGACGGACAGAGAGAGACAGACAGAGAGAUAGAUAGAUAGAUAGAUAGAUAGAUAGAUAGAUAGACAGAGAGACAGACAGACAGACAGGCAGACAGACAAAUAGACAUAUACACACCCCAAGCAAAUCUCCAAGAAACAGGAGCAAGUGGUGGGUAUACAAACAUAUUGCUAAGUACAAAUUACUGACAUGAUGUAUAUUUAGUUCUGUUGAAUCUAACAAUGAGACGUCAAGUAUUUUUUUUCUAAAGAUUAAAGAUAUUCUAAAGAAAAUAUUUUUGCUGUUUUAUAACAGCAUUACAAAAAUUAAUCUCUAUUUUCGAAACAACACCUCAAUACUCAACUUAUUAUAUGAAAAGCAAAACCAUAACACUAAAUAAGUUACUCACUAAACCAAAGUUAUUUGAUGGGUGUCAUGGAAUCUUGAUAUUUAGGCCACAAAAGCUAGACUGGACAAAUUUUCCAACUCAGCUACUUUACUAAAUCAUCUUACUAAAAUUUGCAAUGCACAGUUUAACCCCUUAAUGCCGUUACGGCGAUCUAUGCCGUUGCGGCUUUAAAGGCCUUUAAAGCCGUUGCGGCGGCAUAGAACGCCGUAACGGCUUAAGCCCAGGGGAGGUGAGAUCUUCCUUACCUCCACCGCAAUCCUCUUCUGGAGGGCUUCCUGACAGCCCAGGCAGCCCUCCCCCGGCAAAUGAGGCCCCUGGGGGCCUUGUGAUCGCUCUCAAAGCCACUUAGUCACAAACACUGGCCAAAUAUUAGUUUUUUGCUUUUUUCACACAAAAAUAAAUAUGAACACUAACUUUGGCCAGUGUUUGUGACUAAGUGGCUACUAAAAAAGACUUAACAUACCCCACUUUCAAUACCUUGGCUUGUCUACAUUUUCAAAUGGUAUGCCAUUAUGGGGGUAACUCUCAUUCCUGGGCUACCACACCGUCUGAAAGGUAACAUUACUAAUCUGGCAAUUUCAAUUUGAAAAUGUAAUGUUCUAUAUUUGACCAUGUAACUUUCCAAAACACCAUAAAACCUGUUAAUGGGGGGUACUGUUGUACUCGUGAGACAUCGCUGAUUACAAAUAUGUGCAUUUUUUUGCGGUAAAACCUAACAGUAUUAUGACAUUUACAGCUAAAAUGUGAGGCGGAACUAAAAAAUUUUUUAAAAAAAAAUAAAAUUUCUCACAGUUUUUUAAAUUUUAUUCAUAAUAAAUUAUGUUUCAUAGCUAAAUAUUUGAUAUGAAAUGAAAGCCCUGUUUCUCCUGAACAAAAUGAUAUAUAAUAAGUGUGGGUGCACUUAAGGUGAUAGCGGUGAAUUACGGUUGAACAGACAUAUAGCGCAAAUUCCAGUUUUGUUUUGAUCAGAACGUGUACUAUUGACUCCUUCCUGAAGGGGUUAAUAUCUUUAAUGCAAAGGACUUUUUCCUGUUUUAUUUGGGUAGAAAAGGACAUUUUUUUCUUAAAUGAUGUACCCAAGAAUAAGCUUUAAAAAAAAAUCAAGAGUGCAAUCAAAACAGUGGUAAACAAUACUGGUUUUGCAUAGAAUAACCCUUUAAACGUUUGAUAUACAUAGGAAUAAUCAGUAUUUGCCCCAAAAAUACCAAUCUUUUCACAAAUCUUAGUGGUAAGCAGAGAAAAUGUUUAACUAGAAUUCUAUCUUCAUAUUAAAUAUAUUCUCCUUUCAGGCUGCAGAGCUGGACCAUAACAUAUCUUCUGGACCUGACCAGUUGGAGAAAGUUGAUAAUGAGUUUAUUGGACUGAAACUCGCUGUGCAGACUCUAGAGAUAGAGUUGGAAAGUCAAAUGAAUGUGGUAUGUUUCAAAGGUUUUGCAGAUGAAAAAAUAUGGCGUAAGGCUUUUUAUGUGUAUGUGCAUUGAUUUAUUUAAAAGAAAAUACAGUAAAAUUGAGGCACAAUAGCACCUAUAUCAGAGAAGGCAGCUAUAUUUUAUACUAGUGACUCACCACAAUGGCUAAACACAAUACGUUACAAACAACCACAUGUAUAAACAUCAUAAAGUAGGAAGUUAUCUUACUCCACUGCUUACUGUACUUUGAUGGUGGAGCAUGUGUAGAUUGUCAUGGGACACACAUGGGAUUAAACAGGAUGUUAGUAAAAUCGGGAUGAUAUUUACCAAAACAGGUGGAAUUUAUCUUAAAUUAGGCAGCAUUAUCACUAAAAGACAAACAUGUUGACUCUCAGAAUACCCAUAAAAAGUGUAGUUGUAUGAAAAUGCCAAAAUUGCACUGUGAAUUAUAGAUCCAAGGAACCUAAAAAAUUAUGGUGCUAUAAACACUCAAGAACUAUAACUGUUUAUGCUCUACCACUAACCUACAGAUUUAAGAUACAACUACAAUAGCCUUGGCAGUGUUUCUACUGAAUAUCUAUAUAGAUAUGUUACACUAGUGACAUUAGCAGGGUUCACAUUUGAAAUGAUAUAAUUAUUACCUCAGUCGUAGGAUAUAAUCCAAAAAGAAUUCCAAGAUUCUUCUGCACUUAGACUCUGGGUUAAUACAAUUCAGCUGCACCAGAUAUAUGUUCAAAAUAAUUUCACUGUUGGCUUGAUAUUACUCCAAUAAUGCCAUAAAGCGGGUCUGGAAACAGAUGUAAAGCACUUGAUCUUUUAUCUUGUGGAUUAUGCUGUCUCCAAAAUUCCAUUGUUGGCAUUAUAUUUCAUUGGGCAAUUUUGCAGCAUCUAUCCGAACACCAUAUCCUCCAAGAGCUGCUUGGAGAGCAGACUGGAGGUGCUGCAAGGCAAGUGUAACAGAAGGGCUUGUACUAACUUGCUGUGCCGAUAGGGCGCGGCCACUUGAUCGCGCUUCAUCGGCACUGUGACACCAGUGAAUCCUUCACUGGUCCACUUGGAACUCCAAGCAAGUAGAAGAAACCUUGGAGUAGAAUCUAAGGAAUAUAUAAGGGUAUGUAGAGAAACAUAGUGGUAUUACGGCACUGUGGGUGGUGGUUUUUAAGUAUAUUACAGCUGAUGAUGUUCUACAUGCAUUAAAGCGAAAUACAAAGUUUCCACUAUUUAAUAUAUAGUGAUUACUUAACCUCAUGUUUUUUUUAUUGUAGACAUCAGCCCUGGAGGGAACUCUGGCAGAAAUAGAAGAAACAUUUGGAUCUAAGCUAUCUCAGUUGCAGAGUUUUAUUGAUGACAUUGAAAGUCAGUUAGAAUACGUCCGGUCACGUCUUGAGAAUUUGAACAAAAACGUAAAACUCCUCAUGGAUCAAAAGACCCAUCUAGAAAAGGAAAUUUCAACUUACAAACUACUUCUUGAUGAACUUGUAGAUUACUGGACAGCAGAUUGUGUUUAUUUUUGA